CCGUUUCAUUGUGGCCCUACAGAGCUAACGCCAUCACACUCAGCGGCUACGACGGGCAGCACGGCGACAUCAGGGCCACCACAACAACAUAGUCUUUAUUACUGUCAUAUUAUCUAAUUAUAACGGCAAUGGACUAUAGUGCUGAGGAUUAUUAGACGCAUUUGAACUGGAGCUAUCAACUGCUGCCGUUGAGCCCGGAUAAAAGAGGAGGAGCUGGAAGCUUAUGGCCUUUUUUCAUCAGCUCAGUUCAGCCUGCUUUUAUCGUGUUGAGCCAGGGCCUCUGUUUUGGUGGCGCAGAAAGCAAUGUGGAGGAAGUAAAGGUCCUGAUACGCUGAAAACCAGAGAUUGUAGAUAAUGGGCUGUGUGCAAUGCAAAGAUAAAGAAGCAACCAAACUCACAGACGACCGAGACACCAGCAUCUCCCAAGGAGCAGGCUACCGCUAUGGGGUUGACCCCACGCCGCAGCACUACCCCAACUUCGGGGUCACCGCUAUACCCAACUACAACAACUUCCACGCCCCUGUCGGACAGGGAAUGACUGUAUUCGGAGGCAUCAGCACUUCUUCCCACACUGGAACCCUGAGGACUCGUGGAGGGACAGGAGUCACCCUCUUUGUGGCACUUUAUGACUAUGAGGCACGGACAGAAGAUGACCUCAGCUUCAGGAAAGGAGAGAGGUUCCAGAUUAUCAACAGCACUGAAGGGGACUGGUGGGACGCUCGCUCACUCACCACCGGUGGCAGUGGCUACAUUCCCAGUAAUUACGUGGCUCCAGUAGACUCCAUCCAGGCUGAGGACUGGUACUUUGGUAAACUGGGCCGUAAGGAUGCAGAGAGGCAGCUGCUGUCCACUGGCAACCCUCGCGGCACCUAUCUCAUUCGGGAGAGUGAAACUACAAAGGGUGCCUUCUCCUUGUCCAUACGAGACUGGGACGAUGUGAAAGGUGACCACGUCAAGCAUUAUAAGAUCCGCAAACUGGACAGUGGAGGUUACUAUAUCACCACCAGGGCUCAGUUUGAUACGCUGCCACAGCUGGUUCAGCACUACUCAGACCGAGCCGCCGGCCUCUGCUGUCGCUUGGUGGUUCCCUGCCACAAAGGGAUGCCCCGCCUCGCUGACCUGUCCGUCAAAACCAAAGAUGUGUGGGAGAUCCCACGGGAAUCACUGCAGCUCAUCAAGCGACUUGGGAAUGGGCAGUUUGGGGAGGUCUGGAUGGGAACAUGGAACGGCACCACUAAGGUGGCGGUGAAGACUCUGAAGCCUGGCACCAUGUCCCCCGAGUCCUUUCUGGAGGAGGCUCAGAUCAUGAAGAAGCUCCGCCAUGACAAGCUGGUGCAGCUUUAUGCUGUGGUGUCCGAGGAGCCCAUUUACAUUGUCACAGAGUAUAUGGGCAAAGGAAGCCUACUGGAAUUCUUGAAGGAUGGAGAAGGACGAGGGUUGAAGCUGCCAAACCUGGUGGACAUGGCAGCACAGGUGGCAGCAGGCAUGGCCUACAUCGAGAGGAUGAACUACAUCCACAGAGACCUGCGCUCUGCCAACAUCCUGGUGGGAGACAACCUGGUGUGUAAGAUCGCUGACUUCGGCCUGGCCAGGCUCAUCGAAGACAAUGAAUACACAGCUCGGCAAGGUGCAAAGUUCCCCAUCAAGUGGACCGCUCCAGAGGCUGCGCUGUACGGGAAGUUCACCAUCAAGUCAGACGUGUGGUCCUUUGGUAUCUUGCUGACAGAGCUGGUCACCAAGGGUCGGGUGCCUUACCCAGGGAUGAACAACCGUGAGGUACUGGAGCAGGUGGAGCGGGGCUACAGGAUGCCAUGCCCCCAGGACUGCCCCAUCUCACUGCACGAGCUGAUGCUGCAGUGCUGGAAGAAGGACGCCGAGGAGCGGCCCACCUUCGAGUACCUGCAGGCCUUCUUGGAGGACUACUUCACAGCCACUGAGCCUCAGUACCAGCCCGGGGACAACCUCUAAACCCCUUCCAAAUCCCAUCACUCUCCAGGCCGUCGGGCUCAGCUUGAGGCUGUGACCAGACUGGACGCAUCAGUGCUGGAAAAAAACAAAACAAAACAUAAAAAUAAAAACUCUGCAGCCUUCCCAGUCAGGCCUUUAUUUUAGGGAUCUGUACAGCUUCCUGAGUAUUUCAACACCAACAACCCUCCAGAUAAACAGCCCUCAGUCUCCAACACGCCCCCCUAGUGUCUGAACUUUGCAAAUGCAGUAAUUAGGGAUGUCGGUGGAUGGAGGACGGAUGGAGACAGCUGGAGUUGUAAUAAAGCAAUUAAAUACCUG